GGCCGCAGUGAGGGCGGUGGGGAGAGCAGAACCAUGGGAGCGAGCGCGGAGGCGGCGAGGGGCGCAGCUAGCUCCUGGAGCAGCACGGCCGCGGCGGCGCAAAGUUAGCCCGGCGCCCCGGGACGAGCGCCGCAGUCUGGGCCAUGGGCGAGCACCCCAGCCCCGGCCCCGCAGUGGCCGCCUGCGCGGAGGCUGAGCGCAUCGAGGAGCUGGAGCCCGAGGCCGAGGAGCGACUGCCCGCCGCGCCAGAAGACCGACCUGCGGACUCUGCAAGCCCGGGGAAGGAACCGGCGCCGCAGAUGCCCAGUCUCUGAUCAGCGCAGACCGCUCUGGAGACCCCUUCUCGGCUGCCAGAUUAGCUCCCGCCGGCGUCAGUCCGGUCGCGACACUGAUUGAAAUUCAAACUGAUCUCAGUCCCUGAACCCAGCCAGAGCUAGCUGGGUCGAAAUGCUCCCAGCAGGGGGCUCAGGAGUCCCUGACCACCUCGGUGCCAGGAACGGUCCCCUGGGGCAGGGUAGGGAGGGGUUACUCCAGAGGGCUUUCCUGCCAUCUGCCGCUUAGAUCUCUUGUCUGCUGUCCUGGGAGGCGAGGCAGGAUCUGGAAAGCCCCGGGUGCUUGAGUUGAUGAAACUACUCCCUCUCGGCACCCUGCCUCGGACCUGUCCCUCCUUCAGAGUAAAAUUAAACCAGAAACCCCAGCCUACGAAACCACAGCCAGCAAAUCUGAAUGGGCCGGGAGUCUAACAUCUCUCGGGUUUGCGUAACUAAACCUGUCACUUUGUCCUGGCCCUAACUCCUGAGAGAGUCUUCUGUAUUCAGUACUUGCACUCAGUCUUGGAAGCAUAUUGGGGAACACACACACACACACACACACACACACACACACACAGAGUGCUCAAGCAGGGGCGAGUCUCCUGAGCAGAGUCCUCCAACAGACAAGGUCUGAAGGUGUACUCCGGGAGUAGAUGUGGACGUGACCUUUCCGUAGCAGAAGUUAUCAGAAACCCGGAGACACGGUUGGGAAUCGUCCUUGUUCUCAUUCCAGCAUCUGACUGUGUUCCCCCCCCCCAAAAAAAAACACCCCAUUCCCACACCGUACUGUGCGAGUUCUGCCUUCGCUCACACGGGGACUUUUCAGGUUUCAUCUGGGGGGCCCCUGAACCUGAUUCUGACUGCUGGGCAACAGCUGGGAGGUGAUGUCAGAAACCUCAGGGGUCUACAGAAACCUUGGUGAUAAGUGCCUUUCUUUCUCUUCUUCCUCUCCCGCAUGGCCUCCCUCUCUACCAGCACUGGAAAGUCCUGUUUGAAAAGAUGAGCAACAAACGUUCCAACAGCUUCCGCCAGGCCAUCCUUCAGGGAAACCGCAGGCUGAGCAGCAAGGCCCUGCUGGAGGAGAAGGGGCUGAGCCUCUCUCAGCGGCUCAUCCGCCACGUGGCCUACGAGACUCUGCCCCGGGAGAUUGACCGCAAGUGGUACUAUGACAGCUACACCUGCUGCCCUCCGCCCUGGUUCAUGAUCACAAUCACGCUGCUGGAGGUUGCCCUUUUCCUGUACAACGGGGUCCUACUAGAUCAGUUUGUGCUGCAGGUGACGCACCCUCGAUACCUGAAGAACUCUCUGGUUUACCACCCGCAGCUCCGUGCGCAGGCUUGGCGCUAUGUGACGUACAUCUUCAUGCAUGCAGGGGUGGAACAGCUGGGACUCAAUGUGGCACUGCAGCUGCUGGUAGGGGUACCCCUGGAGAUGGUGCAUGGAGCCACCCGAAUUGGGCUUGUCUACGUGGCCGGUGUUGUGGCAGAACUGGUCAGGCAUGAAGUGCCAGUUCAAGCUGCUGCGGAUGGCUGUGGCCUUGAUCUGUAUGAGUAUGGAGUUCGGAAGGGCUGUAUGGCUCCGUUUCCACCCAUCGGCUUAUCCCCCGUGCCCCCACCCAAGCUUUGUGGCACACUUGGGUGGCGUGGCCGUGGGCAUCACCCUGGGCGUGGUGGUUCUCAGAAAUUACGAGCAGAGGCUGCAGGACCAGUCGCUGUGGUGGAUCUUUGUGACCAUGUACACCAUCUUCGUGCUGUUUGCUGUCUUCUGGAACAUCUUUGCCUACACACUGCUGGACUUGAAGCUGCCACCCGCCCCCUAAGGGACCAGAGGUCCAAGGCAGGGCGGGGAAACAGAAGCAUCCCGAGAAAGUACCUGCAUCUGCUUCUCAUCUCCAAUUCAGUGAAAGCAGGGAGAACCGGAGACUGUUGGAGCUGGGGGGUGCGUGUUGCUUUGAAAGGAUGGUGGGGAGAUGGAUGUGGCUGCUGUCAUCUUUCUAGGCUGGUCUGAUGAUAUGGAGUCAUGGGUAAGGUCUGAGGCAGGGUAAGAGUGGCUGUCCCUGUGGCUUGGGCUUGUCCCAUGCAUUCCCUCUCACUGCCACAGAGUGAGCAAAUAGCCCUCUUCCCUAGUCUCCACCUGGAGAGACACAGAGAAGUUCUGAGGAUAGCCACAGCCAGGCUUGCCACGGCCCAGAGGUGACUGUAGGCUAGGCCACAUUCUCUUUGCAGCUCAAGGUCUGGUGCUCUGGCAAUGGAUGUGAUGGCUUUGAUCCGGGGGAGCCCAGAGCAAGCCAGGCUCCAGUCCUGUCAGUGGUGCUAUGGCAUUGCUCCUAGGGCUGGGCAGGGAGAUGCUAUAAGCUCCAGGCCUUUUUCUUGCCCUAGGGGAGGGCCCUGUGCUGAGGUAAUGACUUUCUUCAUCCCAGGUUCCCCCAAGAGAGUUCCAGGACGGUUUCUUCUUCCUGCCUGUAGUCACGAGUCAGCAUUCCAGACCAUCGCUCUGCAUCCAUGCCCUAUCUGGACUGUGGGGUCUCUUCUUUCCUUUCUACUGCCCUGACCCUACUUUGUGCCUCUCUCUUUGGGUGUGGAGACAGGGUUUUGUGUGUGUGUGUGUGUGUGUGUGUGUGUGUGUGUGUGUGUGUGCAAUGUCAGGCAAGUCAGAAGCUGCAGAGGGAAGAAGUGGGAGACAAUGUACACAAGAGGAUAUCUACAGGGGAUUUCUGGAAUGGGUAGCAGCAGUGUGCUCUCCAGUGCUCGCUCAGUGGCCUUGCCUUUAGCAUCAUGCACCCCCUUUCCCAUCUUGCCCUCCCAAACACCUGCUGAGCACCACUGACUGGUGGAAAAACUGUCGAGCUAGAGGGAAGACCAAAGCACUACCAGACAUUUGAGAGAAAACUCUCAGCUGUAUUCUUCUGGUUCUCUUGGGGGUAGCUUUUGUGUCUGUACUGCCGCCUGUAGAAGGAAGUCUUUGGGAUGAAAGAAAGCCCAGGACAGUGAUACUGUGGCCAUCUCUCCAUGUGAAUUAGUGGGACAAGAAGCUGUAGUAAAAUAUAUUUUGGUGGAAAACGUAGCCUCUGAGAAGAAUUGGGGAAGCUUGGGUGAGGGAAUGUCCCCAGUGAGAGCAGCUGAGGGUUAGAUGGCUCCAUCUACAGGGACUUGGAAGUACUCUUACAGGGAAGUGAGAUUGGGGGGCGUGGCCUUGUGCUGUCCAUACCCCAGCAGCCUGGGAUGCCACAUCAGGUGUUUGGCAAGGUAACUGUAGACUCAGAGCCCAGUGCCUCUGCUCCUCUGAGACAGUCUACUCAGGCUGGCACGAGACGCUUCUGGGGACCCUAAGUGGAGGCUGUGAGGCAGGUGACCUUUAUAGGGACUUUCAGCCCCUGGGAUAAGGAACCACAGGUCUGAGAUUGGAGGGAGGCAGGAGGAUGAGAACUGCUCCUGGUCCUCUCACCAUCCCAGCAAUACCUCCCAGCUCAUCUCCAUUCUCCUGAGUCCCUCAGCCCUUCCUCUCUCCAAUGUGGCCACCCAUCAGGGCUGGGAGUCACUCCUCAUGCUGGAGGCUGUAGGUUGGCCUCAAAGGCUGGGGAAUCCCCAAACAGCAGCUAUGUAGACUAGCUUGCAUUUAAAGGGGAGAAGACUCAUGGAAACCAGACAAGGGAAAACGGGCUUUCAAAAAAAGAGGAAUUUCUCUUUAAUGAUACCAUUCAUCACUUGAUUUUUUUUUUUUUAAUUAGGAGAAGCUCCCUAACCGGGCUCUUUAAAUUCUGCAUUUCCAUGUGAACCAUUCUUGCCUAGAGCAUUAGUGGAGGCAUCGCUCACCGAACCCAGAUCUUCCUCUAGUGUCCAAUUCAGUUUGCAGAUAAUGAGGUUUACCCAGUGCUGUGUGCUUCCCAGGGCUGGCUGCAAAUCGUUGACUCUCCUCUGCCUUAAAAACAGUGCCCGUCAGUGAGCUGCCCUCCCAGGACUAAGUGAAAAUCAAAACACUAGCCGCGACGUUGGUUUCUAGAUAUUUUUGUAUUGUGUACAUUCUGUAUAUUUUUGUUGUAACAUAUUAUUUGAGCACAGAUUCCAUUAAAGAUUUUUUUAAGCUGUUGGUUAUUCAGGGAGUGA